AUGUCUAGCGAUUGUAGUGAUUCGAUUUCUUCUUACCUGGAAAAACGGAUAAUUCCUUGCCUUGAAGAGGCCGGGUUUCCAUGUUUUCUAAUUGACCUUUCCCAAGAAUUGGGGGUCAAUGUUUCUACUGAUAUGAAGAUGCCAUACGAUGUAUUUAUUAAUACCAAAUACUCGCCUAAAAAUUUGUUUUUCAAUGAUGUGGCAUUGUUAUCUUCAGAAGAAUUUGUACAUUCUUCUGUAAUCCCAGGAAUUACUCUUAAAGGUCCAUUAAAAAGAAACGAAGAUCAAAUGUCUUUUUAUGCUAGCAUUUCGGACAACUUCUCCAUCUUAAUUUCCCUACUUCCUGCUAAUAGUACUAUUGUAAAGAUAGACUGCAUUGAUCGGUCAAAGGCGCCAAAGAGCAAAAAAUAUCUUUUCAACGACUUGAUACUUUGUGUUGGGACACUAACACUUCAAUUCGUGUUUUCCUUUUUGCCUAUUUCCAUCAUUUUCCAGCUAUUGCUGGUGAUUGUGCUAUUAGCAUUUAGCACAUACAUUCGAAUUGUGAUUAAAUUUGGGCUAAGAAACUUGGCUAAUGGACAUCCAACGAUGGACUCGCUGGUGUCUCUGGCGCUUCUUGGAUCAUUUGUACUGGAAAUCAUGAAUUUAGACGGUCUAGAUCCAUUUUUUUCCUUUACAAUGCUAUUGAUAUCUGUUUUGAUUGGACGUAUUUUGGAAGAUCAAGCUGGACACAAAGGAGUCUGUUUGAAUGCUGAAAGGACCAUAUUAGCUAAAAUGCUAAAGCCAGACAACGAAAAUUUUGUGGAGAUCUUCAUGUCGCCCGAGCUGCUAUCCCCCGGAGAUUUGGUCCGAAUACUCCCGGGAGAAGUUGUGCCUGUAGAUGGAAAGCUUGUUCUAGGAGCCUGUUCAUAUUUUGACGAAUCAUUUAUAACUGGAGAAUCCGUUCCGGUUUAUAAAGAAAGCAAUGCCAUUACGAUUUGCGAUUGUAAAAUUGUCAAUUCGAAAUACUCAGAUAUCGUAUUGGCAGGAACAAAAAAUGUCGCAAUUGGGAGGCCGGUCAUUAUGGAAUGUUCCCAUUCUCUUAAUGGGUCUAUAUCAUCUUGUUUGGCCCGAAUAACAGAAAGUGCGCUCUCGAAACAAUCCAAUGCUCAAAGAUUUGCUGACAGCUUGGCCAAAUGGUUUGUUCCUUUUGUUCUGGGAUUAUCUGGAUUGACAUUUAUCUCGAAUGUGAUCAUAUUUUUGGACCUCAAACUUGCACUCGAAAGGUCCGUCUCUGUGAUGGUUUCUGCAUGUCCCUGUGCUAUGGCGCUUGCAGCGCCAAUUAUUUUCUCUACUGCUAUCAAGUUAGCUAGGGAAAGAGGUGUAAUUUUUAAUGGUAUGUCAUCCUUCGAAUCCCUUUCAACAAUUCAGCAAAUCUUUUUUGACAAAACCGGAACAAUUACAGCGGGGACGUUUACUCUGAAAGGACUAUUUCUAUAUCCGGCAAAUCGACAGGAUUCUUAUCGCAUUUUGGCAAUCAUUAAGAGACUGGCAAGUACAUCCACCCAUCCCAUUUGCUCUUCGCUCACCCAUCAUUUGCAGCUGUUGGACGGUGCAUCGAUGGAGGAGCAUGCCGUUGAUGAUUUUUGCGAGAUUCCUGGAAGAGGAAUCUCGUGUUCUAUUCGCAUUUGUGGCGUUGGAAAAUCAAUCAAAGCUUUGCUCGGAAAUUGGUUGCUGCUUGAAGAAAAUGGAAUUAAAGCACCGCAGGUUUGUGACGAUUCGACAAUGGUUUUGUUUGCCUUGGAAGGUGUACACAUUGCCACGAUUACGUUUUCAGAGUCCGUUCGGGAAGAAGCACCCUUUGUGAUUGGUGAGCUAUCCAAAAUAAUGCGGGUUUCAAUCCUCACUGGGGAUAGAAAGGGGGCAGCCCAGGCAGCUGCCAUUGCUGUUGGGUUGGACUCGGAUAUCUUCUAUGAGUGUGAUCCAUUUGCAAAGGAAAAAAUUGUGCAAGAUGCCGCUAGAGGCGAUCAGAGCAUGCGGCCAAUUCCGGUAGCCAUGGUUGGUGAUGGGUUGAACGAUUCUGCGGCAAUGGCCAAUGCUACCCUUUCAAUUGCAAUUGGAACGGGAAGUCCCUCCAUUUUGUGGAGUAGUAAAAUGGUGAUUAUGCGAUCAAACCACCCAUUAUCACUGAUUCCAGAAAUGAUACAUCUCUGCCAAAGAGCAAAGAAAUGGAUAUAUGCUCUUUGGAUUGGUUCGCUGCUUUACAAUAGCAUAAUCCUUCCAAUGGAAAUGGGGCUACUCGGGGACAUCUUCCUUCCUUCUUAUAUGGCAUCGCUUUUGAUGUCACUGUCCAGCAUCGGCGUUCUCGUGAGUGGUCAUUUGUUUUCUUUUUUUAACUCUUCUGCAAAACUCAUGUCACUGGCAAAGAUCCAAAAGGCUUAG